AUGCAAGCUUUAAAACCCUCGUGCAAGGCUAAUUCUCGUAGAAGGCGGGGUGGGCCUGAAGCUGUCAACGAAAUCCAACUCAGUGGCCAUGUCAGCACCGGUCAUGAACACGUCCAUCUCGCGGCUGACGUCGAAACCCAAUCCGCGCAUGGCGUGGGCGAAGUCGCUGUCGAGCUCACCGAGGGUCUCGUCGCUGAAACCGCCGUUCUCCUUGGUAACGGAGCACCUGGCCUUAAGCUCCUCAAGGCCUUCGAACAGGGUGGGGAGAGCGUCAAGGAAGGUCUUGCCACACUUCUCGGGCUCCUCAUCGCAGUCCUUCAGCCAGUUGGCACUCUUGGAGUAGUCGGUGCGGUAGACAGCGUCGUUCCUGAUGUUGUCGAGGAACUUCUCGACGGAGAAGAGGAACGCGGGAAGGUUGUCCGCAACCUCAUCACCGAGGUUGGUCACACUCAUACCGGGAAGGGCAUUGAAGAUGUCACCAAUGGUGUGGCUGAGGUCCUGGUAGCUGAAGAUAGAGUCGUUGGCGGCGGUGACCCAGUCGAGGGUCUCCUUGAAGGUCUUGGGGGCAACGAGGAGGCUGUUGUACACCAUCUUGAACUAGUAAGCAAUUUUACUGAAAUUACCAGCAGGUUGCAAUAA